GUCGGUCGACGCCAGGCCUGCCGGCGCCUUCUUUGCUACACCGCUCGCCGUGAAAACGGGAAAAGGUCGGCGCGGCGCUUGUGGGCUGCACCGGGGCCUCCUAUUCAGAUGGUUGCAGUUUUGUAUUCGCCGCAAUCAAACAGCGCAAGGCGGAUUUGCACCCGAUCUGCUGGGUGGCGGGCCUCCUUUCCCGCCGCCCGCCGAGGGCCCGUAUACACGAGACCCUCUCCGCCCCUUUCUCGGCUCACCUGCGGUGCCCCACGGCAGCCAGCUUUUGGCCCACGGCUUUGCACCUUUGCCGCUAACAGCCCCAGUAAAAAGCUGGUGGGUGCCCCCAUCCUUGCGCACCCCUUCUUCGCCGGCGGCCUCGCAUUCAGCGCGCUAG